CAGAAGCGUGAGAGCGACAUCUAAACCAUGGCAUUAUAUUUUCUGUAUCCCGCCGUUGCUGCUUUGGCACUUUUCGUCAUUGGCGUCAUAAUCAUCAUGCUCCGCUGGGGUCCGCGUCUCUGCGGACUGCGUCAUCAUGCGCUCCCCGACAACUAUGACAUGCGUGAGAAGACCUACGAACAUGAGAUUAGCUAUGCCUGAUCUGCCAUUGCGAAUGCAGCUAAUUACUUCUUAUACACUGUCCAUACCAACUAACCAUAGUUAUUUUAAGAUGCUUUUAGACCUCUACUAACUCUUCACUUUCCCCAAAACAUAUAAUAUUCUCGAUAUCACGAAUCUAUUUAAACAUGUAGUACAAAGUGCCUACCACAUUUAUUUACGCUAUCAAUUUUCAUAUCCAUUCUGUGCCUUCAAAAUCGAGUCUCAUUUAUAAAUGUUUGCCGUCCAAGUGUCUUUUAGCAUAAGAAUGUUCCAAAUACCCUUUUGGCAUA